AUGGCAACUCCAGAAUCAACAAAGAUGUUUUCCUUGGAAGGACAGACAGCACUGGUAACCGGCGGAACCAGAGGCAUCGGCCAAGCUGCUGCAAUUGCGUUGGCAGAAGCGGGAGCAGAUAUAAUACUGAUACAGCGUGACCAUACCCAAACAGCCACUUUAAAAGCUAUUGAGGCUGUUGGAAGAAAGGCUUUUAUCUACACCGCAGAUCUAGCAUCACAAGAGCAAGUCGCUGCUCUGACCCCUACAAUUUUAAAGGACGGGCACAAGAUCAAUAUUCUGAUCAAUUGCGCUGGAAUUCAACGUCGCCAUCCCAGCGCCCAGUUUCCAGAUAAUGACUGGAACGAGGUUCUCCAAGUAAAUCUCUCUACGGUCUUCACACUCUGCCGCGAUGUGGGCGCACAUAUGCUCACACUCGAACCCUCUCCUUCCACCGGCCGCCGUGGAAGCGUCAUCAACUUUGCCAGUCUGCUCUCCUUCCAGGGUGGAUUCACCGUGCCCGCCUAUGCUGCUUCCAAGGGCGCUGUGGCGCAGCUGACAAAGGCAUUGGCAAACGAAUGGACAUCGAAGGGAAUAACUGUGAAUGCCAUUGCUCCGGGAUAUAUUGAGACGGACAUGAAUACUGCUCUCCUGGCAGACGAAGGGAGACUGAGGAGUAUCAGUGAGCGGAUCCCCGCUGGACGGUGGGGCGUCCCGGACGACUUCAAGGGUAGUGUGGUCUUUCUGGCGAGUAAGUCGAGUGCGUAUGUUUCAGGACAUGUGCUGGUUGUCGAUGGUGGUUGGAUGGGAAGGUGAUUGAGGGUAUGGAUAGACCUUGAAUAGACUUUGGAUACAGGGCUCAGCUGUUGAAACAUUGCCACUUUCUAAAGCCUUCGUUGAGCAAUUAGCAUCAGAACCC